AUGUUCAAAACUCCCAUCAGAACCUUUUCAGUAUCCGCCAGACAGUCUCUCAAAAUUGGUCUCAUUCCCGCCGAUGGAAUUGGAAAGGAGGUCAUCCCGGCUGCAAAAGCGGCCAUCAUUGCUCUAGGAUCUGACAUACCUAAGCCCGAGUUCAUCGACCUUUCAGCAGGAUGGGAAACCUUUACCCGCACUGGCGUCGCUCUUCCUGACGAAACGGUUCAGAUUCUCCGAGAUGAGUGUGACUGCGCUCUCUUCGGUUCAGUCAGUUCCCCUUCUCGAAAGGUUGUUGGCUAUUCUUCUCCCAUCGUUGCGCUACGAAAAAAGCUCGAUUUGUAUGCUAAUGUCCGCCCUGUGGUCUCGGUGGCUCCUGAAGUUGACCAAAAGCCUGCAGUUGACUUGAUUGUUGUUCGCGAGAACACUGAAUGUCUGUAUGUCAAAGAAGAAACCUUGACUGAAGGACCCAACGGAAAAGAAGCUCGUGCUAGUCGAUUGAUCACUGAACGUGCUUCUCGCAGAAUUGGUCAGAUGGCGUUCGAACUUGCCAACGCAAGGCCUCGCAAGCAUCUCACAAUUAUUCACAAGUCCAAUGUACUAUCAGUAACUGAUGGUCUCUUCCGCGAGACUGUUCGCGGAGUAACAUCACUUCCUGAUGUUAAUGGAAAAUACAAUGGAGUAACAAUUGCUGAGCAGCUGGUGGACAGUGCUGUUUACAGACUGUUCCGUGAACCUGAAAUUUUCGACGUUAUGGUUGCACCUAACCUCUACGGUGAUAUUAUUUCGGAUGCUGCCGCCGCACUUGUUGGAUCUCUUGGUUUAAUUCCUUCUAUCAAUGCUGGUGACAACUUUGUUAUGGGAGAACCUGUUCAUGGUUCAGCGCCGGAUAUUGAAGGCAAAGGAAUUGCUAACCCAAUAGCUUCUAUUCGUUCAGCGGCUUUGAUGCUUCGCCACCUUGGCUAUGUCAAGGGUGCUGACAGGUUGGACCUUGCAGUGAACCAGGUUAUUAGGGAAGGCCGCUUCCUCACGCCCGACCUCAAGGGAACAAGUACAACAGAUGAAGUUCUCCAAGCUGUUCUCAGCAAGAUUUAG